AACACGGCAACAAAUCACACAACAAAAGGAAAUUGGUCUGAAUCCCAAGUUGCUGAACUCUUCCCGGGUCCCUUUGGGGCCCAGGAAGAGGAUGCAUCGAGGCGGGGAUAAAGACUUCCAGAUAUCAGCACGGAAGAUGGGAACAUCCCUGCUUUUCCAGCUGUCGGCGCAUGAAAGGGAGCUGGAUUUGGUAUUUCUGGACCACAGCUACGCCAAGCCCUGGAACGCCCAUCCAGACGCCAGCAGCGCCCGGCCCACACGGACGCUGUUUGUUACCCCUCGUCGCCAGCCUGAGCCCGUGUCAGACCCUGAUUCACUUCUGGAUGUGGAGACGGUGACACCGAGACCUGUUCCUCUGUAUGAUAAUCAGAAAGCUCUCAGUGUGAUGAAGGAGUGUGAGCGACAUGUUCUGUUUGCUCGUACCGUCGCUGAGAGCCCCCCACCCCCCGAUGACUGGGAGGAACAUGUAAACAAGAUUGGAUGGUCAGUGGUCCAGAACAAGCUGUUCAACAAAGUCCUUAAAGCUUUACAAGCUGAAAGACUAGCGCGUCUUGCCAAUGAACAUGCUUCCAAUGAGCCAAUCUUGCGGAGGAUAGCCGUGGACAACUGUGCCAGGAAGGUGCGCCAUGCAUUAGCCAGUGUGAGCUGGGACACCAAACUGACGCAGUGGUUGCACACUACCAUGAUUGAAUCCUUGAGCCUGGUGAUGCUAGCUGCCUACCUGGAUGUUCUGCAGACUCUCAAAAGCAAGUUGCCGUUGCUGAUUGACAGAAUGUUGCUAACGACUACAAAGACCGGCGCUCCAAGUGCCGAGGCCCUGUCGCUGCUGCUGAAACGGCCCUGGGACCCAGCUGUUGGAGUCUUGUCGCAAAACAAACCGAGCAAGCUUCAUGGAUCCCCUCUCAUCCUAAUUGCACCAUCAAGCCCAACCAAUCCCGCGCUCUCUACCUCGAGGCGAAUGAGAUUCUGGCAGUCUCAGCUGUCGUGUUUGGGAAAGGUCAUUCCAGUGCACAGUCACGUCAGCAGCGGAGCCAAUAUUGGCAUCACACAGUGUCUGGAGCACAUGCUGGGCACCGUCAGGGCCAAGGUCAUGGAGGUUCACAGUCACUUCCCCCACAAACCCAUUAUCCUGGUUGGCUGGAAUACGGGUGCUCUCAUCGCCUGUCACGUUUCCCUAAUGGAGUAUCUGACCGGUGUGGUGUGUCUCGGCUUCCCCCUGCUGACAGUCAACGGGCCACGAGGGGAUGUGGACGACCCUCUGCUGGACAUGAAGACCCCCGUGCUGUUUGUGUUGGGCCAGAACGCCCUGCAGAGCAGCAUCGAAGGCAUGGAGGAGUUCAGAGAGAAGCUGAGGGCGGACAACAGCAUGGUGGUGGUGGGGGGAUCCGACGACAACCUCAGGAUUAAUUCAGCAAAGAUGAAAUCAGAAGGACUGACGCAGACAAUGGUUGACCGCUGCAUUCAGGAUGAGAUCUCUGACUUCCUGUCAGGCGUCCUCACUCGAGCGGAGGGUCACGGCCACGGCUCCGGGGAGAUGAGGGACCAGGACACAGAGAAGAAGAAGAGACCUCGGCGGGAGCUUCCCUUCGACUUGGAGAGAGGGCGACCUUCCUCUCCUGCACUCAGACUUCCCAUCUCACCGUCAGGCUCAGAGGUCAGUUAGCAGAGGCUACAUUCACCGCCAUUGGAAGCGUCACAAUGUUCAGCUUUAAAAAGAACCACCUGAUAAGAACAUUUGAAGUAUUCAUUAUAUUUCUGAAUGGAACUAAAUAAUUAACUAUUUGA